AUGAAGGGGAUCCCCAAUAUCCCCUCUGAUGCCCCUGCUCUCUCCUUCCUUCUGCAGUUUGACCCUGGGAACACCGGCUACAUCAGCACGGGCAAGUUCCGGAGCCUCUUAGAAAGCCACGGGUCCGAGCUGGACCCGCAUAAGAGAGAGGUGCUCCUGGCCCUUGCCGACAGCCAUUCGGACGGACACAUCUGCUACCAGGAUUUCGUCAACCUGGUGAGCGAGCCAGCCCAGGUACCCCGCCUCUGGGCCCCUCCGUCUCUGGCUUCGAGCCUCUGCUGCUCCCUGGCAGAAGCCAAGUUAGGCUCCUCUCCUGGCUGCAUGGGAGGGAUAGAACACCUCGGGCUCAAUGUGGUCUUGCAGCUCCUGGUGGGUGUCCCCUUGGAGAUGGUGCAUGGAGCUGCCCGUAUUGGGUUUGUCUAUGUGGCUGGUGUUGUGGCAGGUUCUUUGGCUGUGUCUGUGGCUGACAUGACUGCGCCAGUCGUCGGCUCCUCCGGAGGGGUCUAUGCACUAGUCUCUGCCCAUCUGGCCAACAUUGUGAUGAACUGGUCAGGAAUGGAGUGUCAGUUCAAGCUGCUGAGAAUGGCCGUGGCCUUGAUUUGUAUGAGCAUGGAGUUUGGCCGGGCCGUCUGGCUGCGCUUCCACCCGUCGGCGUACCCCCCGUGCCCGCACCCCAGCUUCGUGGCCCACCUGGGCGGCGUGGCGGUGGGCAUCACCCUGGGCGUGGUGGUCCUGCGCAACUACGAGCAGAGGCUCCAGGACCAGUCGCUGUGGUGGAUCUUCGUGGCCAUGUACGCCGUCUUCGUGCUCUUCGCCGUCUUCUGGAACGUCUUUGCCUACAGCUUGCUGGACCUCCGGCUGCCCCCUCCCCCGUGA